CGCGCCGCCAUAUUGGCUGUUGUCCUGUCUGAAAGCAGCAGCGGCGGCGGCGGCGGCGGCGCAGCGGCAGCAGCAGCAGCAGCAGCGGGGAGCGACAGCGGCGUUAGCGGCGGCGAGAGCGCGACAGCGUGGGGCGCAGGACCGGCAUGACUCGCAGGCGGAAUAAGGCGGUGGGCGCGGCUGGGGCGCGACGGGAGCGGACGGGGGGAGCAGCCCCCCCAGAGCCGCCCGCGCCCCCCACCGGGCCCAGCCUUCCAGAGAAUCCCGAGGCGGCGGCGGCGGCGGCGGCGGCGGCGGCGAGCAGCGCGGAGCAGAGCAGAGCCUCACAGGUGCUGCCUACUUCCAACCAGUCGGUGCAAACGUGCUGCUUGCUGUGCCACCGGGAGCGUAAAGACUGGGGAGGGCCAUCCCACAAUGGGUUGGUAUCCCCAGGCGAGCGGCUGCCUCCGGACUUCGUGCCGACGCUGGUGCAGAACCUGCUGGGAGAGAUGCCGCUGUGGAUCUGCCAGAGUUGCAGGCAGAGUGUAGAAGAGGAAGAAAGGAGGGCAGUCCAGGAGCAGGCACUGGCGGUCUCACUGUCGCAUACAGCCUGCAAGUCACAGUCCUGCGGGGCAGGCUCCCACUCCUCUUCGUCUUCGUCAUCUUCAUCCUCGUGCCACGGGAACUCAGGAGACUGGGACCCCAGCUCCUUCCUGUCUGCGCACAAGCUCUCGGGCCUCUGGAACUCCCAGCAUGCCAAUGGGGCAGCUCAGGGGAGCUCCCUUGGGGGAACACCUGUUGUACCAGGAGAGGCCUUCCACUCCUCGGAGCACCACCGGCACGUAGACCUCACUGCUCCUCCCAACAGCCCCACAGGCCUCCCCUCGCAGCCGCCGGCACUCCUCCCGACAAAGCAGAUGCCUGCCCACCCCGGGCCCUUCGGCUCUCCUCCUCCUCCUCACGUCCACCUGAGCUCCUCACCGCAGGCGGCCCCAUUCCCUGCACCAGCCCUCAGUCCACACACACCAGCCCCAAAGCCAGGAGCAGAGUCCCCUCCGACUGGGUCUUGUAAGAGCCCCCACCUGCCCGCUGCCAAUGUGCCACUGCUGAAGAUCCCACCGCCUGUAGGCUGCACUCAUCCAUGCAACGGCCAUUGCAGUGGCUCCUUGGGUCCUCCUACUGCCUCGCAUCAGCUGCCCAGCACCAACAGGGACCCUGCCUGCAAGGGCCACAAGUUCCCCAACGGUACAAGCUGCCACGCGCCACAGUCCUGCGAAGCGGAUGAGGGGCUGGGCGAGGACGAAGACAGCAGCUCCGAGCGCAGCUCCUGCACAUCCUCCUCCACCACCCAGAAAGAUGGGAAAUUCUGUGACUGCUGCUACUGUGAGUUCUUUGGCCACAACGCGCCUCCAGCCGCCCCAACGAGCCGAAACUACGCGGAGAUCCGGGAGAAGCUGCGCUCUCGGCUGACCAAGAGAAAAGAGGAGCUUCCUCAAAAGCUGGGGCACAGCAGCAGCUCGGGCGAGCCGGCCGUAGAUCACCGGGACGUGGACGAGCUCCUGGACUAUAUCAACAGCACUGAGCCGAAGCCCCUGAACAGCGCCAAGGCUGCCAAGCGGGCGCGCCACAAGCAGAAGAAGAAGGAGAAGGAGAAGGCCCAGCUGGAGGCUGAGGCCCAGAAGCGAGUGGACCGAACUCCGCCGACGGGUCAGGACCAGGAGCUGGCCGAAGAGAAGCUUCUAGAGUGGCCCCAGCUUGAACUGGAGCGGGUGAACAGCUUCCUGAGCAGCCGGCUGCAGGAGAUCAAGAACACCAUCAAGGAUUCCAUCCGUGCCAGCUUCAGCGUCUACGACCUCAACCUCGACGUCAACGACUUCCCCAAAAAAGCGGCAGUGCUGGAACAGAAGAACCUCCUCUCCCAUCUCAACGGCUCCUCCGAGCUGCAGGAGAUUGACCUUGACCUGUCCCCGCUCAGCCUGGGCACGCCGCAUAACCACGCGCUGUUGCGUAGCGAGGUGGGCCCCCGAUGGGCGGAGGGCUCUGGAGAGGUGCCGCCCCCCCCGCCGCCUGCCUCCGAAAACGGCGUGGUGAAGCGGCUCAACGCUGUGCCCAACCUCUCCCGCAUGAUUUGGGUCCAGUCGCCCAAGCCGACAGACUCUCUGCAAGAGGGCGGGCCUGGCCACGAGUCCAAGGACACAGCGCCAGGCAGGGGAGCGGAGCUGCAGGAGCCAGCGCCCACCCCUGGAAAGCAGCGGAAGGGCAAGCGGCAGGGCUGCCCAGCCAAGAAGGGGGAGGCCAUCGCGACUAGUGAUAGCUCCGGCUCCAAGGGGGUGGGACAGAGGAAUGCCCCUAGGGGGGGCACGGUGCCCGAAGCCCCGAGAGGAAGCGGCGGCAGCACAGAGCAAAGCGAUGGCACCAGAGGGCCGCGGCAGGGGCAGGGCUGGGCUUGCAGCGGCUCAAAAGCUGACAAGGAGAAGAGCGUGGAUGGGAAGAGCCGGAGAGGUGAAGGCGGCAGGGCCGAUCAGGCGGAGCACGAGCCUGCUCUUUUGGGGACUGGGGACCGGCACCUGCCCCACGCAGCCACAUCCGACGACUUGCCCCAGCCCAAGGGCAAAGGCAAGAAGAGUAGGAACAAAAUGGAGAAAGCGAGCCCUUCCAUUGAUGAUGUGUUCCUGCCCAAAGACUUGGAUGGUGUGGAAAUGGAUGAGACUGACAGAGAAGUGGAGUACUUCAAGAGGUUUUGCCUGGACUCCGCCAAGCAGACCCGGCAGAAAGUGGCUGUGAACUGGACCAAUUUCACCCUGAAGAAAACCACUUCAAGUGCAGCUCAGUGAGGUGUGCGGUGCACCCCUGGUAUAUGUGCAGGGCCCCACACUUUGCCUCCCCGCCCCCCAACCCAUAGACAGACACUUGACCUCACCUACCCUUGACCCUCCUCCUUUCCCUCCCCAUGGGGCUCCCAUUCCUAGCCUGUAGGCGGGGCCGGGACAGCCCCUGUGUCCCUCACCUCUCAGUGUUCGACGUUCGGGGAGAUGCUGACUGAGCCGCCCCAAACCCAGGGGCAGUCUUGAUCGGCCGAGGCCCAGCGUGGCACAGGGACCAGGCUGCACCCAAUAAAGGACUUUUUAAUUUUUUAUUUUAUUUAAAAAA